AUGGCAUUGCGGAUAACUGUUAUUCUUUGUCUUUACGCUUUUCAAAUUGCACAAACGAGAAUUGCAUUUCCAUACCGGAGAGAACCUAAUUCAACAUGUACUUGCAUACCGGAAAUUGAUCCAGUUUGUGUAAGGGACGGUCCGUAUCAAUACACGUAUUCCAACAUGUGUAUCUUUCAAUGUGCACAGGAAACUAAGAAAGAUUUGGCACUUCUCUACGAGGGAUCGUGUUGUUCGGCAAGAUACUGUAACAUGUUCGAACAACCUGUAUGCGCAGAAGGACAGAUGUAUCAAACCGUAUGCGAAUUUGAAGAGAGACAAUGCAUUGAGUUCAAACUCUUCAAAAAUCAUAUCUCAAUGGAUUCCAGUCAAGAAAAAUGUUCCUGUACAGCACCUUGUCCUACGGAAUGGAAUCCAGUUUGUGACAAGAAAGGACAGACUCAUGCCAACUUCUGCACGUUUUUGAACUCAAAGUGCUAUCAUAAAAACCAGUAA